UCGCCGGUGCUGGUUAAUUUGUAUAAAAGCGAAGUUCGCCAAUCCACUGAAUACAUUUUACUUUCAAACAAAGUACAGUAACGUACUACAACAACCAAUCAAACAAACCAUCAACAUGUCGAAGAUCUUCGUCGUUUUAUCCAGCAUCCUCGCUGUCAGCGUUGCUAGUCCCGUCGCCCCAUACGCCGCCCCGGCUUACCCAUCAGCCUACCCAGCCCCAGCUUACAGCUCACCUCACUACGCUCCAGCUCCGGCUUACCCAUCGUACAAACCAGCUGCCUACUCGCCAGCUUACAAACCAGCUCACUAUGCCCCAGAAUACGAAACCCCAGCCAAAUACGACUUCGCCUAUGAAGUAGCUGACUCGUACACUGGUGACUACAAAAGCCAAACUGAAAACAGAGACGGUGACUACGUCAAGGGAUCUUACUCCUUGGUUGAACCUGAUGGCUCAAAACGUACCGUAGAAUACUCCGAUGAUGGAUACGGUUUCAACGCUGUUGUACUCAAGGACGGAUAUGCACCAGCAUACUCAUCACCCUCUGCGUACAAAUCUGGCCCAGCUUACCCAUCUGCCUACUCGUCGCCAGCUUACAAGAAACCAGCCUACAAAUCUGCCUACCCAUCGCCAGCCCCAUACGCCGCUCACGGUUACGCCGCCCCAGCUUACCCAACCCCAGCUUACUCCUCAUACCCAGCUCCAUCCUACCACGCCCCAGCUUACCCAACCCCAUCCUACCCAUCUGCCUACAAACCAGCUUACUAAUUUCUCCGUCAGUCUGAUUGAUACGUACAAAUUUUUCUCUCCUCUGUAUAUAAAUCGUAUAUCCAGUCAUGUUUGAAAUGUAUAAGUUGUUAAUUAUAAGUUAUUUAUUUCGAAUAAAUUAUUUUGCUCAUUUUUAAAA